AUGGAUAGAGUAGAGGAGCUCAGUAGGCGGCUAGUGGAGAAGAACGAAAGGGUCUCUGAGAUGGGUGUUCUUUCUGUUGUGCAGAGCAAGCACAAAUUUCUUCCUGUUCUUACAAAGUAUUUCUAUGCUUAUGUCCGCAGAAGGCUUGAAGCCCUCUGUGGGACUGACUAUGCGAUAAACACAAGAGAGAGUACAGAGAAGGAGAUCUACUGUGGAAUGAUUAUGUACGCAAACAAUGCGUAUUACUUGCUUAGUGUACGUGCAGAUUAUACUGCAACUGUUCUACGCCUGGAUUUAGCAGAGCUUCCAGAGUAUACGAUAUACCCAGGGCAGAUAAUAAAAGUACUGGGCACGAACAUCAUUGGUGAGGAGGUAGUUGCUGACUCAUUAGUAUACGACAGAGAAUUCAAUGAACAAGCAGAGCAACCACUGCCAGGCAAGUUUCUGGUUAGUGUGAUUGAUAUGAAGAGGUUAGAGUCUCUUAAGACCACAGGGGAGACACGUGAUACGCAUGAAUCAGAGAGACUUCUUAGUUUAGUUAAUGAGUGCUGCUCAGACGUACUGAUAAUAUUUGGUGAUGUAACCGUACGGGAGAGGGAGGUGUGUAAAUCCUUGGCCAUAUCCAAAAGGAUAAGAAUAGUAUGUGUACCGUAUACAGAUGGUCUAGAAUCAUCUAUGACAUACCCUACUGAGUAUAUUAAUAGAGUGACCAGUCCCCUUCCUGUAUGUAAUGAGGAUGAGGGCACUGGCAUACGUGGGAUGUGUGACAUAAGCAAGUGCUGGUUUAUUGAGCUGCAGAAUCCCUGCAUGAUUAGUCUAAAUGGCGUACUGAUUGGUCUAACAACGGUUGAUGUUCUUAUGGGCAUAUCCAGGAAGGAAAUCAGUCGGAAUAGAGAAGAUCGGAUGUACGAUAUUUUAGUGCAUUCUGUGUACCAGGGGACAUUCUUACCAUUUGUACCACAGGACAUACCAGUGGACUAUUCUGGGUUUAAUGCAUUCUUAUGGCCGUACAGGCCUGACUUGUACAUAUUCCCUACGUGCUUAUCUGCUCGCAUUGAAAGCGUAUGUGAUACUUAUGUAAUUCCUGUGUGCACUGCUAAUUCAUGCAUUGAAGUGAAUUGCGGCAUGCACGGUCUCAUUGAAAUAGUUCAGAAUUAAUACUUCCCUUUCGUUAUCACA